AGGAACUCUUGACUUUUACAGAUGAUUUUCGAUCCCACUAUGAGCAAGAAGAAGAAGAAAAAGAAGAAGCCCUUUAUGUUGGAUGAGGAAGGGGGGGAUACACAAGCGGAAGAGACUCAGCAAUCGGAAACAAAAGAAGUUGAACCAGAGCCAACAGAAGACAAAGAUGUUGAAGCAGACGAGGAAGACAGCAGGAAGAAAGAUGCAACAGAUGACCUGGAUGAUUUAAACUUCUUCAAUCAAAAGAAAAAGAAGAAAAAAACAAAAAAGAUAUUUGAUAUAGAUGAAGCAGAAGAAGGUGUAAAGGACUUGAAAAUUGAAGGAGAUGUGCCAGAGGCAGUAGAACCUGAAGAUGACCUUGAUAUCAUGCUGGGCAAUAAAAAGAAGAAAAAGAAGAAUGUGAAGUUUCCAGAUGAAGAUGAGAUAAUGGAGAAGGAUGAAGCUUUUGAGGAUGAAGAUAGCAAAAAAGAUGAUGGAAUUUCUUUUAGCCUUCAGUCAGGACCUGCGUGGGCAGGCUCAGAAAGGGACUACACAUAUGAUGAGUUGCUCAAUAGAGUAUUUAACAUCAUGCGGGAAAAAAACCCAGAUAUGGUAGCUGGAGAAAAACGAAAAUUUGUCAUGAAGCCUCCUCAGGUUGUAAGAGUAGGGACCAAGAAAACAUCUUUUGUCAACUUUACAGAUAUCUGCAAAUUAUUACAUCGUCAGCCAAAACAUCUCCUGGCAUUUUUGUUGGCAGAAUUGGGUACAAGUGGCUCAAUAGAUGGUAACAACCAACUUGUAAUCAAAGGAAGAUUCCAGCAAAAACAGAUAGAAAAUGUCUUGAGAAGAUAUAUCAAGGAGUAUGUCACCUGUCAUACGUGUCGGUCACCAGACACAAUCCUACAGAAGGACACCAGAUUAUAUUUCUUGCAGUGUGAGACCUGCCACUCUCGCUGCUCCGUCGCCAGCAUCAAAACUGGUUUCCAGGCUGUCACAGGCAAGAGAGCACAGCUCCGUGCCAAAGCUAACUAGUUUGCUAAUCAACACUGGAUUUUGCAAAGUGUUCUGGGGAGAUAUGACUGGACAGGUUUACAAUCUGAAUGGAUUUACCAUUGUAUUAAAACAAGAUUGUAAAAACUACAAGAAAUUUGGCUUUUGAUUGGUCUGUGAAAUCCUUGCAAGAUGCAGAUCCUCAAGCUGUUCACAUGCGUUUGCUCAUUGAAUAUGUUUUACCAACUGUAAGGAACAUGAUGGGAAAGGAGGUGCUUUUUAAUCCGUUCAGACUUCUGUAAAACACAAGAUAAAUUAAAGAUACUAUAACAGUGAGUGUCUUCGAUUUGGAUUUUUCCUUCAGUUUCCUCUUUAAACAGCUCAUGGGAAUGGUUGGCGUGUUGUUCUGCAGAUCAUGUCACUGAACUAUGUCCAAGACCCAGAAUAAAGUUUAAGAUAAAGGUUAUUUUGCUUUUACAUAAGCUUAUUUUUAGUUAGGCUAUCAUUAAACAGAGAAACCAGUCACAAAAAGUCACAGGGACGAUAUACCAACAUGAGAACUGCUCAUGCUUUUAUAGCCACAUUAAUAUGGGAAUGCAUUUUGCACAGAAAGUGACAUCAGGACAUGUUGAUACUGCUUAAUUAGGCAGGAUGUAGCUCUGACAUAGUUCAGACACCAUAUUGAUGCUGAAUCUUAACAUAGAAUUGAUAAACGUACUGUAAGCUUUCCUAGUGUCAUAGUACUAAAUUUUGCAAUUUCUAAUAGAGAAAUGUUUAUAUUUCUUAAGUCCUGCACUCUUCACCACUUUAAAAAGAAUCUAACUAAAUGCAGCAAAAAAAAAAAAAGGAUAUAGGUAACAUCAUUAUAUGAUGGCUGCAACACACUGUCUUCUAUGAAUCUUGAAUUUACAGAAGAUACUGCCAAGUAGUUUGAGUUCCAAAUGAACACAUUAUACUUCUUGAUCAUAACAUGCACUUCUCUCUGCUAGUGGUCAGUGUCAGUAAUCUCUAGGGGACAUGCAUAGUGCUGUCCUAACUAGUUUUUAUAGUGCUGUAGAAAUUCUGUUACAGCUGCCAAGUACAAAGACGCAAAUGGGGAGUGAAGUCCCUCUUGAGCACCGUAAGGGGGGACAGUUUUCAUUUAAUCACCAAAAUCGCACAGGGUCAGGAUAAGGUGUAGUAGCUCAGGACCCCGGGCGCCCAUCCCUGCAGGUAGGCAGAGUAGCCUCCUCCCCAGAGAAAAUGGUGGUCAUUCUGAAUGCAAUUCGUCAAAUAUCAAACUGAAGGGUUUCUACCAAGUUUUAAUCUUUGUAUGUAUGUUAAUACAGAACACAGUCUUGCUGGGAAGUCACUUACUUGCUAUUUGAAUACUUGACAGCACUGUAAGGCAAAAAUCAAGGUUUUAUGGUUGGUUUCUUAAAAGCAUUUUGAAUUUCAAGUGAGCUAUAACAAAUGUUGGCUGUAUCUUUAAGUGAAUAAAGCCAGGAUCAGUGCCUCUUGUAA